CACAGCUGAGUUUCAUUUCAUUUUCUCAGUAUCUCAACUCUUUCUCUUUCUUCAAUCUCUUCUUCCCGAAGCCGACAAAUCGAGAAAAGGAGGAAAAACCAGAGGAAUUCUUCGAGAAUUAGGAGUUAUGGCGGAUCAGUUGACCGACGACCAGAUCUCUGAGUUCAAGGAGGCUUUCAGCCUUUUCGACAAGGACGGCGACGGCUGCAUAACAACCAAAGAACUCGGGACAGUGAUGAGAUCCCUGGGACAGAAUCCCACGGAAGCCGAGCUCCAGGACAUGAUCAAUGAAGUUGACGCUGACGGUAAUGGAACCAUAGACUUCCCGGAGUUUCUGAACCUGAUGGCCCGGAAAAUGAAGGACACUGAUUCCGAGGAGGAGCUAAAAGAGGCGUUCCGCGUCUUCGACAAGGACCAGAAUGGCUUCAUCUCCGCUGCCGAGCUGCGCCAUGUGAUGACUAACCUUGGCGAGAAGCUCACUGACGAGGAGGUCGACGAGAUGAUCCGGGAGGCUGACGUGGACGGCGACGGUCAGAUCAACUACGAGGAGUUUGUUAAGGUUAUGAUGGCCAAAUAAAAGGUAAUCGAAUAAGAGAAUGGAUGAAGGGAUUAACUAGUGUAACAUGUUUUUCUAGUUUACUUUGCUCGACAUUUUCGUCGUAUUCCCGUUGGUUGGUUUUAAUUUCGGUUGGUUCGCCCGCCCUGUCGAAUAUUUGCUUGGAUUGUCCCGGAUUCUUUUCGCCCGUUGUUAUGUGUAUUAUGUGAUCGAUGCUUAUUUGCGGA